AUGAUCAGUGUUGAAGGUGGACAACAACAGCAACGAGAACCAACACUACAAUGUUUGGCGAGCGCAGACAAACAAACUUCAUUGAAUACUACGAUGGAUGAUAUUUUGAGUGACAAAUUUGUGUUGAAAUUGGCGAGAAAAAUCGAUCCUACGAAUGAUACUCCGCAGGAAUUUAGCACGUACUUAGGUUUCACUCAAGCCGAAGGUUCAUGUGCAGCAAUCGGAGGAAACAUCGUCCAAAAUCAAAGAAAAGCAUACCAGACGAUCCUCACCAAGUAUACGAUGGUACAUGGUCGCAAGGAAGACAGUGCCGUGGAACUCAUCAAGAUGCUUCUACAAAAUGAAAUGAAGGACUGUGCUGAUCUUGUCAGAGAAGAAUUAGAGAAGUUUGGGAUCACAGUUCCUUCAAAUGAAGAACUGGCUGUAGAUCAUCCAGUGUCACUUCCCACCCCUCCACGUGACAUCCCAGGCGAGGAAUUAGAAGACACUGGUGCAAAAACAAAGAUAGAAUGCGAAAAAAUGGAGACGGACUGAACGGAAAUGGAAGGUCUCUUUUGUGUGCGUGGGGGUUUAACUUAAUUCUAUUCGAUUUUUAUCUUAUCAUAUUUGAAAAUAUGAAUUUAUUAAUCUAAAUUUAUCCCAUUAUUUUUUUCCUAUUUUUUCAUUUAUUGUUCUCAGUAUAUUUAUUUUUCUUCCAUUAGAUGUCUAUAAUUUCGAUUUUUCGAAUCAAUGUGGAUUAAGAUUAACGGCAUUUACCCAAUAUGCCAAUUUCAAUUAAUAUACCUUUAUUUGCUACAUUUCAUGCAUCAUAUGUGAUUUUAUGGCUUUUCCCGGGCAAUCGUCACGGGUAUUUUUUGAAAUGUCAAUUGAGCCAUCUAUACCCCGUCUUCAUCAUCAUCAUCAUCAUCAUCAAAAUCAU